AUUCAUCAUCAUCCUAAAAUUUAAAUUCCAUAACAUGGUAAUAAACUAGUGAAAAAUGUGGUAGUUAUAUUCAAUGAUCAAUACAGUUGGUCAAGCUUUAGUCCACGGGCGGCAGUCACAUCGCGUCCCAUCCCUUGUGGACAAUUUCCUCUUUUGAAAAUCCCAUCUGCUGUUGAAUAAUCAACGCGUUGAUUUACGCAAGAUUUUUGCCUGACGCUGGCCUCAAGUCCCCAGUCUCAACCAAGCUAGAGUAUUACUUCAAAACAUGGUUUGAAAUGAUAUACAUUUAAAGUCAUAAGUGAUAAAUGGAUUCCCCCAAAGAAGAGAAGUGAGAGAUGCCAGACCUUCACCGUCGGUCAAUGCUAGUGGGAAAAUGGCACGGUCUUUCCAAUCUGUGCACUCCACACAAAAAAUAUUAGACCAAUCAAGGUUUUGGAGUCAUCAAAAGUAAAAGACAAUUAUACUUUGACCGUGGAGGGGUACAUAGGCCGUGUGAAACUAGUAUCAUAGAUUCUGAGUGGGUUUUCUACGUUCGCGUUCCGUAUGCAGCGCCAAUUCGAGCCGGCCAUCACGCAUGCUGUCCAAUCAAUUAUGCCCACCGUUGUGUCAUCCAUGCACCAGCCACAGGCUAGUAGAUUCGUUUCUCUAGCUAGGUCCUAUGCAUGCUCUGUGCACUUUUCCCUCCCAUGCUCCUGUUUAGUGGCAGACCAACCUCAUAAUUAUAUCUGGCGUGGAUAAUUAACGUCGCUAGUUACUUUUUUCGCAGGAUAAUGUCACUUGUUACUGUGGGAUUAUUACAAGUUAACCCACAGCCUCAAUUAAAAAUCACGUGCGUGCAAUUUCUAUGAAGGCUUUGUCAGACUUUAUGAAGGAUGUGCCUGAACUUUGCCAUGAAAAGCAGAAGGACUUUUGAAAAACCAAUAAAAAUGAAAAGUGCUUUGAGUUUUGGCGACAAAGUUCCAAAAAUACGGUUAAAACGUUCUCUACCUAUUUUUCAAAAAUUGCAAGCUAUGCUAGAGUUUUCCAAAAGUUCUUCUAUUUGUCAUGGCAAAGUUCAGAUACCAGUUUAACAAAGUUUGGUUCUAUUUUUUUUGCGGGAUAAAGUUUGUUUCAACUUAAAACUAUUUAAAGAACAUUCUUUGAGAACAAUUUCAAUAACAGGAUAUUUUAAUUUUGUGAUGUUUAAACUAUUUCCAACAACAUAGGCUAGGGAGAUAAUCACAGAGAUUAAUUCCACAGCCGGAGGGGUAAAGCGAAUCUAGCAACAGCGUCACCUACUACUGGACAAGACUAGCCUGGGUCCUAGCGGGGCCCUUCUCAGCUUUCUCACCCGCAUCAUGGGUAGAUUUGGGUGGUGGAGAUACACGCUGUGAAACGGAACGCGAAUGUAAUGCCUUUUCCCCUCCUUGUCCGCACGCUUGUAAUACUCCGCUACUGGCACGUGCAAGAGCAAGACGAUGGAUCCGUUCCACGUCUCUGUAGCUGCCAUGUUCUGCAAAGCACACUCAGUCCUCCGGUCCAUCUUUAGUCCACAGUCAACGCAUCGCACCAUAUUGCUCAAGACUUGUCCCUUGGGUUCUGCUUAAGUAUUUAUUUUGUUUUGAAAAAAUCAUCAUCCACGCAAUUCUGACUCUAGCUGUCUUCCACCUCCAUUUAUUUGUCUUUUGAAAACCUAUCGCCCGCGCAAGUCGCAAAUUGAUGGCAGGUCUUUCUCGAACCGUUGCGAUGUCCACAACCAACUUGUGGUUGUUGCUCUUCCAAAUUUCUUGGCCCCAAAGUCACAUGUCUAUUGAACACACAGAAUUAGACAACAUGCUGCUAGUUGAAAACCUGAAGUGCAUCUACUAGACCCGACACGAGCAGUGGUGGCGCUACGAGUUAGAUGUCGUGAUGUCAAAACUAGAAAUUUAGCUUAUACGUGCACAAACUAUACCCAAAACUAUUGAAGCCGCCCGUGGACUCGAGCAGUGCUCCACUUGCUUACAAAAUGUGUAUUGGGACUACAAGAACAUAACUACACAUUCUAUGGUGGGAAUACGUUCGCGAUAAAACUGUGGAACACUGCACCAACUAAAUAUGGGUCAAGACAUGUGGAUGUUGACUCUCUCUAGUGGGUGUGGAAAAGUAAAUGCGUCCACAGAACCAGUCAAAGGAGUUGGCUAAUACGGCUUGUAUUACCUUCUCCCUCAUCUUUGUCCUUCCAUAUCAUCUGUCGAGUUUGCGCCAUCCUUCCCUGUUACCAAAUCAGGCUCCUCCAUUCAGACUGCUGCCAUGCAUCCAACCUCACUGCUCUUCACCUUGGCCUCACUGUUCCUCUUCCAUCAACGGGUACAUGCCGAGUGUGAGCCGAUGGCGUGCGGGAACUUCACCAUCAAGUACCCGUUCUGGCUCGGCGCGCCUAGCCGCCCCGCGCCGGAGCCCUCCUGCGGCCACCCAGCCUUCGAGCUCUGGUGCAGCGGCAGCAACACCUCCGCUUCCAUGCGUGGCUCCGCCAUCCAGGUCCUCAGCAUCGACUAUGGCGCCAGCUCCUUCGUCGCCUCCCAUAGCAGAUUCUCCGGGAGCGAGGACGGUGUGUGCCGCGCCGAUUUCAACAUGUCCUCCAGCCUAGCUCUUAGUUCGUUCAAGCUCAGCCCCAGCAAUAUGGCCCUGUGCCUCCUCUUCAAUUGCAACGGCACAGAGCCACGGGGACCCGCCUACGUGAACGCCACCCACGGGGACCCGCCUGCGUCGCUAGCGGCGGCGAGUGCCGGUACAGCAGCUCCACCGCAGAAUUCGCAUGCCUCUGCCGGUCUGCCCCGGCCGGUGGCAUGCUGCAUGGGCCAACAUGUGCCGGUGGCGAGAAGAGAGGGAAGAAGAUUAUGCUAAUAGCGUGCACAAGAGAACUCUAAACUACAGAUGGUCUGGAAAUAAUAAUGACGGUAUUACAACUUCUGCUUUACAAAAGGAAAUAACAUCUCCUUCCAUCUCAGGUAUGACAUCAGCAGCUGCAACCUUUCUCUUUGCAAGUCUUUAUGUGCUAAUAAUGCAUAGAAAGGGAAAGAGACUAUGGUUUCUCCUUUGCAAGAAGACUAGCAGCAACAUUGAAAAAAAUUACGAGGCCAUGAUAGUAUCAUAUGGAUCCCUAGCUCCAAAAAGAUUCAUGUAUUCAGAGGUAAUGAAGAUAACGUCUUCACGCAAUAAUCAGCUUGGAAAAGGUGGUUAUGGUGUGGUUUUCAAAGGAAGACUACACGAUGGUCGUCUGGUUGCUGUAAAAUUCUUGCAUGACUGCAAAGGAAAUGGGGACGAGUUUGUGAAUGAGGUUAUGAGUAUUGGCAGGACCUCUCAUGUUAACGUAGUUAGCUUAUUUGGGUUUUGUUUGGAGGGAUCAAAACGAGCUCUUAUAUAUGAGUACAUGCCCAACGGUUCCCUGGAUAAGUACAUUUACUCAGAGAACCCCAAAGAAAUUUUGGGAUGGGAGAGUCUCUAUGGAAUAGCAAUCGGGAUUGCUCGCGGCCUCGAAUACUUGCACCAUAGUUGUAAUACACGUAUCGUCCAUUUUGAUAUCAAGCCCCAAAAUAUCCUUCUAGACAAAGAUUUUAACCCAAAGAUUGCUGAUUUUGGUCUAGCUAAAUUGUGCCAUACAAAGGAGAGCAAUCUUUCAAUGACUGGAGCUAGAGGAACAAUUGGGUUCAUCGCUCCAGAAGUUCACUCUCGAACCUUCGGGGUGGUUUCAACAAAGUCAGAUGUUUAUAGUUAUGGAAUGAUGCUAUUGGAAAUGGUUGGAGGCAGGAGAAAUGUAAAAUCAAUUGUUGCAAAAUCCAGCGAAAAGUAUUUUCCAGACUGGAUUUAUGACCACUUUGCGCAAGAUGAUGGAUUACAAGCAUGUGAAGUCACAGGAGAAACUGAGGAAAUCGCAAGAAAGAUGACAUUAAUUGGCUUGUGGUGCGUACAUAUAUUGCCUGCAUAUCGCCCUACCAUAACCAAAGUCCUAGAAAUGUUCGAGAGAAGCUCAGAUGACAUGGACAUGCCACCGAAGCAAAACUUCUCUGGAUUGCUUGAAAGUUCAGCUCACAAUAUGGAUGUACAAAGUUCAAGUUUUACCAGAUCUGAGGAGAUCAGCCUUGUGAAUUCAAAAAUCCUACAAAAAUCGCCAACUCUUUGAGCAGAUAGCUAGGCCUUGUGAAUCAAGACUGUGAGAAGGUGGCCUGUACUAGAGUACAUUCAGAAAUUGAACAAGCGCAGCGAAAUUCAGCAUUGUAGUUGAACAUAUUCCAUGUAUGCAUGACCUAGAGUCAAGAGCAUCCACAGGCCAGCGUCCUAAGGUACCGACUACAGAAGGAAUAUACAAUUUAAUUUGAUGAGUUUUGUGCUCCAACUGCUAAAAGGCAUCGGAGGCAGACAACCACCAAGGCCUUCUUGGCUGUAACUACAGCCCCUCAAAUUUCAGAAUCCGGAGGCAUACAAUGUAUAUCCAUCUAAGCAUUGUAACAUUAUAUGCCAAUUCAUAGCAAACAGAUUAUAUAAUUGUAAAAGCGGAACGAUUAUACUUA